ACCAACACCACCAAUCGUGGGCGUCUUCGUGCUUGUACACAUUUUUUAUAUACAGUACUCUCCUUCUUUCACAUAAAGAUAAAGCGAGAAGAAAAGAGUUCAACUUCAAAGAUCUGCUCUUGGAUUUCGGAUUCUGCUACAAACGAAGAAAGCCAAAGUGUUCAUCUGUUCACUGUAAGAAACUCUGGAAAUUUUCUCCGGAAACUAUGCUUUUCUAACGAAGCUAGCUUAGAAAAGUAAAAAUAGUUUGGAUUAAAAGUUCAUAUUCUCUAAGCUCAGUAAAAGAUGAUGCAAAUGGAGGGUGGUGAUAGGCUGAGAGUGACGUUACUAGAUUGUAUGGAGACUGGCCGGAGCUCGUUACCGGGAUUGACUCUUGAAGCUAUUCUAAUGGCCGACAGAAACGGAGCCUCGCCGCAGCCUCUGCCGUCGAGGAACCAAUCAAAUCGGACACUUCUUGAUGUAAUGCAGAGAGAGCACCGACACGACUACAGCCCCCGGGACAAGACCGCUUGGAAGUCUCUCCGUGAAAAGCUCCGCCUCAAACGCAAUGCUACCGUUUGGAUCUCGUCGAAUCCUAUCCCGAGUUUGAAUACCCCUGUCCUUAACCGGGACAAUAACGACAGUCACCAGCUCGGUUCUCUCCUCUCCAACUCCAGAAACGAAGGGGGACAAUCACAACCGGGGUCUGCUCCCAGCGGCGGAGUAACGGCGGAGGGGAGGUUACAAUUAGGAGCGGUGUUGGCGGAGGAGAGAGCUUUGUCAGCGAGGGAAGAGGAAACGCCGCCGGUGACGACAGACAUGCAGCCGGCAAGGAUGUCGUUGAUGGAGUUGUUGGAUGAGAACGAAGGGCAAAUGAACUUGGUAGGAGGAGGAGACGGAGAGGAAGAAGAUGAGAGAGGAGCGGUGGAGGAGACGGCAGCGGCGGCGGAGAUAAGUUGUUGUGUUUGUAUGGUAAGAAGCAAAGGAGCUGCGUUUAUCCCGUGUGGUCAUACGUUCUGCAGGUUGUGUUCGAGAGAGCUUUGGGUUCAAAGAGGAAACUGUCCCCUAUGCAACACCUCCAUUUCAGAAAUUCUUGAUCUCUUUUAGUCAUUUUCUUUUCUCGUUUAAUUAUCAUAUUUAGGUUGUCUUAUUUCUUGUUGUAAUGUGUUGUUGAAAACUGAAGAGAAACUCUGAUGAAUAUCUCUCUCUCUCAGAUUCAUGCAAGUGUUAAACCUUUUUCUGUUAUUGGAGAAAAUAGUUAAAUUAUAUCAAA